CAAUGACUCAUUCAUUUCCCAUCAUUCUUUGUGUCUUGAAGCUACCUAGCACUACACUACGACACGCUACUUGACUUUAGCUGAGGGGUUAACAUAAUUUGUCUAUCCAGAGUAAAACUUUAUCUUGGUUUACUGCAACCAUGAAAGAUGUUAGCGGGUACCUCAAACAGCAGCAGAGCAACAGCUCCACCCCAGAGAUGGCGGCGGAGUGGCACACAUUGGAGGAUUUGUACAACAAAAGGUUGUGGCAUCAGUUGACUCUGAAGCUGACAGACUUUGUUAAAGAUCCCCACUUCAAAACAGGAGAUGGCCUUAUACAGCUCUAUGAAAAUUUCCUCUGUGACUUUGAACACAGAAUCAAUCCUCUGUCCCUUGUGGAGAUUAUACUGUGUGUUGCCAGACAGAUGCCAGAUCCUAAAGAUGCCAUCACCUUUCUUGAGAAGACAAAGGAAAAAGUGAAAAGUAACGAAGAAGCCAUCAUUCUCUGUAAGACCUCUAUUGGCAGUCUUAAACUGGAGAUCAGUGAUCUUCCUGCCACAAAGAAACUCAUUGAAGAAGUUGAGGAAAUGUUGAACAACUUGCCUGGGGUGACGUCAGUCCACGACAGGUUUUAUGACCUCUCUAGCAAAUACUAUCGUAUCAUUGGGAACCAUGCCUCCUACUACAAGGAUGCUCUGCGCUACCUUGGAUGUGUGGACAUUAAAGACCUUCCAGAAACAGAGAAGCAGGAGAGGGCGUUCACACUCGGACUGGCUGGGCUCUUAGGGGAAGGAGUUUACAACUUUGGAGAGCUGCUGAUGCAUCCUGUGCUGGAGUCUCUGAGGAAUACGGACAAACAGUGGCUCAUUGAUACACUAUAUGCCUUCAAUGGAGGCAAUGUUGAGAAAUUCCAGGGCUUCAAGUCUGCGUGGGGCCAACAGCCUGACCUCGCAGCACAUGAAGCUAAACUGAUGCAGAAGAUCCAGCUGCUCUGUGUGAUGGAGAUGACUUUCACUCGCCCUGCGAACCACAGACAGCUGACCUUCGCCGAGAUCGCUCAGAGUGCCAAAAUCCCUGUUAAUGAGGUGGAGCUUCUGGUGAUGAAGGCUCUGUCUGUGGGCCUUAUCAGAGGCAACAUUGAUGAGGUGGACCAGAAGGUGCAGAUGACCUGGGUGCAGCCCAGGGUGCUGGACCUGCAGCAGAUCAAAGGUAUGAAGGAGCAGCUGGACUUCUGGUGUGGUGAUGUAAAGAACAUGGCCAUGCUGGUGGAGCAGCAGGCCCACGACAUCCUCACCUAAACGCGUUUUAGUUUACAGAUGGAAAACCUCACCUAUUCCCUCAGAUUUGUUUUGUAGUGCUUUUCGUACAAUUGGAUGUUCAUUCUUCUGUUACUGUCACUGUUAAUUACCAAACUGUAAAUUACACUGUGGUAUUUUACCAAUAAACAGCUUGUUGUAACAUCUUCACCAUA